ACAUGAAUAUUAACUUGAAAGAACAUAUAACCUCGAAAGACAUUGUUGAAUCUGACUGACAUUCAAACUCAUUUGACAGCUUUUUUCCUUCUUUUUUUUAACAAGGGGUAGCUUAAAACUCGAUAGCUUUUUUUUUGAGAUGCUCUUGCUAAAGAGGACAUCAUUCCAUGUUCAAUGGAAGCCAAUCAUUCGUUUAAACAAGUGUUUUUUGAGUAUGCAUUCUAAUGUUAUGCAUGACAUGACUGAAAGAGGCCUUGUCUCUAAUGUCACAAGCCCUGAUAUUACAGAAAAGACCAGUGCAAAGACUGCCAUUUACUGUGGUGUUGAUCCGACAGCCAAAAGUCUUCAUUUAGGUAACCUAGUUACACUUAUGGGACUAUUGCACUUUCAUAUCCGAGGUCAUCAAACUAUCGCUCUUGUAGGUGGUGCUACAGGAAGCAUUGGUGAUCCUUCAGGCAGAAAAUCAGAGCGUGUACCAUUAUCUGAGGAUGUGCUUCAAGUCAAUGUAGCUGGUAUUGAAGGCCAAAUCCAUCGGUUUUUCAAAAAUGGUGCUAGCUAUGCUCAACGACGUGGAUUUGAUUCCAAAGAACUUGCAGCACCCAAAGUACUGAAUAAUUACAGUUGGUUUAGUUCAAUGACAGCUAUUGAUUUCUUGAGCAAGAUUGGGCGUUAUGCUCGUGUCAAUACCAUGUUAGCUAAAGAGAGUGUGAAAUCACGUAUUGAAACAACACAAGGCAUUAGCUUUACUGAAUUUUCUUACCAACUCCUGCAAGCCUAUGAUUUCUGGUAUCUUUACAAGCAUCAUGGCUGUCGAAUUCAGAUUGGAGGCAGUGAUCAAUGGGGCAAUAUUACAGCUGGCAUUGAUAUGAUUUAUAGAAAACGAUCUGCUGAUGGUCAAAUAGUAGACAAAGAAGAUAUGGAAGCAAGGGCAUUUGGUAUUACAAUUCCUCUCUUAUUGACAUCAACAGGUGAAAAAUUCGGUAAAUCAGCAGGCAAUGCAGUUUGGCUUGACGAGAAUAUGACAAGUGUGUUUGAUUUUUAUCAACUUCUAAUGAAAACAACAGAUGCAGAUGUUGGUAAAUAUUUACAGAUGUUUACUUUAUUAUCUAAAGAGCAGGUCUCUGAUAUCAUGAAUGAGCACCAGAAAUUGCCUGAACAAAGAAUAGCACAAACAGCACUUGCAAACGAAACUACAGAACUUGUUCAUGGUGUGGAUGGUUUAAAUAGAGCACAGACAGCUACUAAAGUUUUGUUUGGAGCUGAUUUGAGUGCUGUAUCUGGUGAUAGUAUCAUUGAAGCUUUCAAGUUUGAUAAAAAUCGCUUUAUUCAACUUGAGAAAUCCUCUUUAAUUGGAUCUGGUUUAGACAAGAUUGCUGCUAUUACAAAUGCUGCUAAAUCAAAAUCUGAUGCACAAAAGAAGAUCAAGGCAGGUGGCAUUUAUUUGAAUAAUACAAGAAUCACAAAUAUCAAACAUACCAUAAAAGAAAGUGAUUUAAUUGAUGGAAAGAUUUGUGUCUUGCGUGUUGGCAAGUCUUCUUAUUAUCUAAUUCAGGCUAUUCAAGACAAAUAAAGCUUAAUUAAUAAACUAACAAUGGCUCUGUGAUACUGAA